GGUUGCCACAUUCUAUUAUGGAUUGAGAUUUUGCUCCGAACGAUGAGUCCACCCCGGUCUGACGAAAUCGAGAAUUUCAUGAAAAGAAUUUACCGACCAAAAAUAAAGCGCCGUUUAAUACGAGCGCAUAAUCAAAAAUUCCGAAAUUGGUCAGGACAUUCAGGGUUCACUCCAGUAGAUGGACCAGUCAUACCGGUUAUUGAAGACUUUCCUACAUCCUGUGAGAGCAUUUGGGCUCCCCCAUUAGGAUACCAAACAACGGCUCAUUACGUUCGUUCCAUUUUAACAUAUCAUACGAGAGCAACGGAGUGAUACUGGAUGACUGCAUGGUUGCUGCUAAGAGCAAACUCGGGGAAGAAUCUAUAGAUUUGACUGAAAUGCUUAUGCAAGUUUUGGAGGACCGCGGUGCACUUAGAGACAUUGGGUUAUAUAGCUUUGUUUAUUCAGCAAUGGAAUCUUUCCUUAAUGACAUGUGCCCACUGGUCAUCCGAUCUGAAGAGGCGCAAACACCUCUUGACUCUGUUGCCUCAGUUCCGACCACAAUGGAGAUUCCGUCCACUCCAUCUGUAUGUGCAUUCGGGCAAUGCCAGACAUCAACGGCUGUUCGCCCAACCCGCACGAAUGAUCUGGCCAGCAACCAAGCUUUCUGGGAACAGCUGUCGCCGAUAGCACCAAUCAGAAACCUGCAACAGCGUGACCAAGGCAAGGACUCGAAGCUUUCGUCCCCGCUUGAGAUCCCACAACGCAGAGCGACAGUCCUUUCAACCUCUUGGCCACCCUUUGGACGACAGAUGCAAACCCAGCGCCGCUUGCCUUUCUCACUUGAGAGGACACCACCAUCAACAAGUCGACAAUCAUCAGAAUUUGUGGGAGCAGCAGCGCUGUGGGAUCCGUUCUUUAGCCAGCCCUGGGAUUUGUCGCAGUGGGAACCUUCACAACUACACUCAAGCGAGCCAUCUUUAUGUCGCAGGCAGGGAGUGGAUGUGUCGGCUGCACGACUCUCUGAACACCACAUUGAUAAGGUCGUCCCUCUCCCCGACCUUAUAAUCACUAGGGCUGCACUGCGGAAGUUUGGCCAGGAUCAAAUCCAGCAGCGCAACAUUGAACAGGUGAUGGAUGAGCAAACCAAGGUCCAACAAGUUGAUGCAGAGGACAAGGGCAUCUGCCCAAUAUGUGGAAUGGUGUACUAUAAUGUGGCCAGCCUUAAAUCACAUAUGGGGCGUAGUCAUCAUGGGCUCAAAUAUGCAUCGUGCCCUCUGAUGCGGCAGUGCCGGAGAGUUUUCUGUGACAGCCGAGCCUACUACACCCAUGUAGUGGAGAGGUUGCUUGUCGAACACAACCUGGACACCAUUUCCUGCAAAUCGAGUGUAUGUCCUCUGUGCAAGACUACGGGUUAUAUCUUAAAAGUGGACAAUGUUGACAUCCCGCACCACUUCCAAGAGCACCACCAGUAUCUGCUGAGGGGAUGGGACCAGGAGCAGUAGAAGAGGAUUUGCCUGAAGGGCUGCAUGUGUCUACAAAGCUUGGUCCGAGGACGACAACUCCUGCAGGAACCGGCAACCGACCAUCUCGAACAUCCACAUCGACAAUGCCAGACUGACUUGGAUGCCCAGCUUUUCCCUUCUGCAACCAACAGCAACACCCACAACCAAGGCUGAACAACUCCUCAACCCUUCACACACCUGCAACGCAAACCAACCUCACUCGGAGUGCUGCGCUGUCAGAAUCGCUCCGGCCAGCACCUCUGAUUUUGGCGACUUGUAGCCGAGCAGAAGUGUCCCUGCCUGCAACCUGGAUGCCACAGGCCACCUCUGCUGCCAGUGCACCGACGCACCCUUCUCGAUCAUCACUCUCGCACUCACCCUCCUCCACCAGGACGACUGACGUCCUCAGCACCGGCCGACCACUGUGCCGUGCCCAGCGCAGACUUUGCGCCACCUCCAGGUCCAGCAUCAGCUGCCUGAAGGCAACAUCUUGAACUUCAUCGACAAGAACGACUUGUCCAGCACCGGCCAACCCACUGCGCCGUGUCCAGCGCAGCCAUUGCGCCCCUUCAGGUCCAGCAACUCAGCGCUACCUGAAGACAUCACUCUCUCACCUCAACUCCGCAAGACCGACUUGCCCAGUGACCACAGUCCGACUUGCUGUGCGUCACCACUUCCAUCAACAAGUUCCAGACUUGGAAAUCUUGCACCGCUGGCUCCCUCACACGCCGCAAGGACCGUCCCUUGCUUCUGCCUCCUAGAUGCCCAAGGACACCUUGUUUGCCGACAGCAGUAACUCGCUGUGACGACUCCUCAUCGUGCAAGCUGCCAACGACCGAACCAUCCAUCAAACUCAUCACCAUCGCAGGUCACCUUCAACCCCCACUUUGACACCUCCAGUGUCUGGGGAAGGCCCCUGUAGCAGCCGCCGCCUGGUGGCGCGCAGUGCUCCAAAUUACCACCUGAACAAGCCCACAUGGGCAGUGAAAGAAAGUUUCUGUGAGACUCUCAGGGGUGUGCUGGUCGCCCAUGCGCUGCCCCUUGCGUCGCGUCGUUAUCCUACCACCCGUCGCUCAUCCACGAACUCUGCAAGCAAAAUGAUCCAGGUUUUGUACUCUAUUAAUUCUUCAGCACAAAAUCCAGCUGAACUGUUACACACAAAUAAUUGCAGUGCAUGCUCGUUUCCAGUGUUGUUUUCCGGCCGGUUGAGAUAUUUUUGCUUUUUAUAUGUUUCGAAGUUUUUCAUGAGUGCUGAGUGUCCGCCCCCAGGCAAGUGUUUUUUAUUUUUGCUCUGGGCAGAAGGUAGUUUAUAUUUAGUGUAAUUUAUAAAUUUGUUGCGUCAUUCUUUCGUAAUCAUCAGAAAAUGAGUCUCUCUCUCUCUAUGCAUAAAGAAUUAAACACAGACUUCACUUAAUUCUCUCGACCAUUUUAAAUAGUUUUGAUACAAAACCCCUAGCGGGGGUUUGUCAUUGAAGCCCGCUGGCCGCUAAUUAAUAGAUGCCUCUGUUGAUUCGUUAACCUGUUUGUUUACGUGCCCGCAGCUGACUUAAGCUUUCUCCGUAUAGACUCACACUAGCUUUUGGAAGAGAGAAGAGGUGGGACAGGCCACUUUGGUUGCAUGAGAAACGCAUAGAGUAAAAAUAGGGAUUGUGUAGUGUAAAAAUCAGCGGAAACUAACUCUUAACUUUUGCAUAAAUAUACUAUAUCUUUCUACUCCUUCUCCAAUUCAUGUACUAAAAUAUCAUAUUGCCUUAAUUAUAUGUAAGAUAACGUUAACAAUUAAAAAAACUAUGCCAAUUACACAUGUUAUCCCACCUGCUUCCCACAAGUUGUACUGCAGUUUUGUUACAGUUUAGUUAAUAUAGCUGCGCUAAAAUGUAUUAUGUAUAUAUGUUUUAUUAUUUAUAGUUUUGUUGCAGAAUUUCCUUAUUCAUUUUGAGAAAUAUUCACCUAAAUAGGCAUUAUUAACAAAAUAAACGACUAGUGUUGCAAGGAUUAUUGAUCUGUUUAUUAGAGAGCUAGACUCGGAAGUCAACUACAAUGCAGUAGCCUCUCAACGGAUCUUUUAUUUCUGAGGCACAAAGGUCAGCACAAUGGCUUCCUUCACUGGCACUGGGAUGUUGGCUGAAUCAACUUUGCUCCUGGAUAAACUUUGUGUUAAUUUACGAGAACAAUGAAAUAGUUUUGCUAAAUACUUGGGCGCUAAUUCAGGAUGCUCAGAUGUGAUAAACACAACUGAAAGCGUGCUUGGUAUUCCUUCGAAGUCCUUGACGCUCACAUUCUUUGCCUCGGCUCCAGGAUUGAAGAGCACAAUAAAACCUGGGUUACCAGUUUUUGUCCUAAAUGAAAAAAAAAAUAAAAUUAAAACAAAUUCAACUAAAAUUUCAAUUUUCAGGAAUUGAAAAAUAAAUAAUGAAGCAACAAAAUUAAAACAAGAGAAACAGAAUAAAUUACUGUCAGUAAAUUGUUCCACAACGAAAUAUUUGACGUCUGACCAGCUAUCUAUUUAAACUUUUAACUAUUCCAAACAUAACAUGAAAUACCAUGUGCCGCAAAAGGCAAAAUAUUGCAGGUAAUGGGGACGGCAAUUGUUUUUUUUUAGCAUUUUAUUAUUAGCCAUGGGGCAAGACAUGAAGCAGGCGAUAGUGGCUGCAGGCAGGCGUCUCAAGGAGGUGGGUUGAUGGUCCUCUGAUGUGGGCAAUUUUUUUAAAUAAUAUAGCCAUUUUGUUUUAAUAUAAAUAUUGAGCAUUUUAGUACACCGCAAAUAUGCAUAUCCUAUCGAGUCAUGUGUGGUGCUUGGAAUUUUUAGCCGAUCAGCCAUGGAACAGUUCAUCGUGGAACAAUUAACGUAUGCAACGUACACCAAAUAAUAUGUGCUAUAAUGAUUCACAGAUCUUGGAAUUUUUCAUGCAGCCGAAAUGUAUAGCAGGAUAUUGUAAAUUCUUAGAAACUGUAAAUCACUCAAAAAACCUUUAAGGUCAAGCGGACAUGUAAAUUAUGUGUAUUAUAAAAUGAUAAUAAAUUAAUGGUAUAAAAUAAAAAUAAAUCAAUAUGGAACGGAUUUGUUUUAAAAUCACACAACUUACUUGCUCAUCCUAGCAAGCCACAAUAUCAAAUUUGCAUACAUUAAUAUUAUCUGGCAAUUUUUUUUCCCAAAACCAUUAUGAAGAAUGAAAUAUUACCUUGUGUAGGCUAAAACACUUCCAUCGACAACACUUGCAUUGAGCCCGCCAUACAUAAUGGAAGGCGCCUCCCUUUCGGACUGGAUCUUUUUCAUGGCAUCAAAAAUAGCUGCAGAAAAUAAACUCAGAAUAAAUGAUAUAUUAAAAAAAUUUAAUUUACAAGAAUUGAAGUUUUGUGUGUCAUCUGGUUGAUAAAUGAAAGAGCCAGGUAGUAAAGCCAAGGUUGCGGCCAGUCCUGGAUUUGCACUGUCGCUGGUCAGAAGCCAAUUAGGCCAGUAGCCACUGCUGCUGUUGAUGAGCUGCGAGAUUGCUGAACGGAAGCUCUCUGCCGUUUGGAAAACUGGGGCAGCCAGACGGUUUAGGGGCAGCUCCACAACUGGCGGCUUCACAUCGCCGUAGAACUUGGCCAAUUCUUGAGGAGGUCCGUCAACUUCGGCUGCGAAAAUGCUAUAUACAAAAAUUAAUUGAUUUUAUUUUUCAAAGCUCUGUAUAUAUUUAGUACAUUUUGUUGUUUGGCUCAUCCAUCUCAGUCAAAAGCUCAUCCUUGAAAAUUUUUAAGAUUUCAACAUUCUCAGGCAAAUUCUUGGUGCGAGCAUGGUCGUAGAAGUUGUAAUCCUUGAAGGUUGCUUCCGACGGUUGUCUACCAUCAAUCUCGUUGGUAAAGCUUGGAUCUUCAACCAGGUACGAUGCCUCUUGGAACAGAAAUCCGGCAAUGCCGUUGCCCCUCCAAAAGCGAAGAAUACUCUGGAAAUUGUAAAUUUUAUGAAAUAAUACAAUUGUUUUUAGUUUCAGUAUAAGUGACACAAAAAAAUUAGCAUAAUUAUAACUCCAGAUUAAAAGAUAAAUAUCGGCUGAUCAUAUGACACUUUCAUACCUUGAGCUCUUUCUGCAGCUUAACAUUUCCCAGGUUCAAAUCAGGCUGAUUAACACCAAACUGGUGGUAAUAGAACUGUUUGCGAGUAUUGUCAUACUCCCAAGCGGACACACUCGAAUUAACCGCAAGCUGUUGGGAAACAUAAUUAAGCACCAAAGACAGCUGUGAAAAAACAGAACUUACCCAGUUGUUGGGUGGUUUGGACUUUCCUUCGAGACCGUCCUUCCAGACAAAGUAGUCGGCAAAAUCACCAGUUUGGUUUUUCGACUUGAUGAACCAAGGAUGCUUGAUGCUGACGUGAUUGAUGUUAAUGCCAAGAACAACUUUGAUGCCUGGAAAAAUAAAACUUUAGAAUUCAAUUGCAAUUAUACUUUGAAAAAAUAAAUACCGAGACUUGCUGCUUUAGCAGAGAAAGUUUUGUAUUCGUCAAAAGUGCCAUAGGUUGGGUUAAUGGCCUGGUAAUCAAUGACACCGCUUGCAUCAGACUUGAGCAAGUUCCUCACCAGCAGUCCUGCAGUCGAGCCCUUUAGAUCAUUAAGCUUCCCAUUGAGUCCUGUCAAAUAAAUUAAAUUAACUUCUGAUAGGAAAUUAAAAUUCUCGUUUUAAACCUGAGAUUCCUCCGUCAGCCUUGGCAACAUCGACCACGGCAAUUUGCCCUUUUUCCCACCAGAGACGGGGCUCUGGGGCAGGGCACUUGGGUGCCACCACGACGAUGAAGAUUGCCCCGGCCAGCAUAGCCAGCCAGGUCAGCCAGAAAAGGAUGAAGAGAAUCCAUCGGAGGCGCACCCAAAACGGAUCGUUGGCGAAUUUCAGCAGCUCCUCCUUCUUCAGACCUCCGGCCAGGGCGGCAGUGCCAAGCUCGAUUUUCGCAUCGCCGUUCGUGCAAGACUCGGCGCUCGGCUUGUAGAUGGUCGCCUUGCAGGUCUUGGUCUCACCCUCGAGCAGCAGUUUUUCCUGCUCGGGCGACUGGGGCGUCGCCUCAUCAGUGCCGCCGUUCUUCAGCUCCGCCAUUUUACUCUGAAUGGAUCAGUAAAUCUGCAAAAUUUUCCUGGUUGUAAUAAUAUGCAGUGUACACAAUAAUCUUCGUUUUUCAGGAAAAAACCCUGCUCGAUUGGCUUAAAUUUUUGAUAGCUUCGGAUUCGGAAAGUGUUUUUUGUCAGAGUAAAAAUACGUAAUGGGCAGUUUUGCUUACCACGAACUGUCCUUUCACGUACGCUCACUGUAUCCAAGCGUGUAUCCCAGAUCUAUCUGUUCACCAAUGUGAUCUUCUAUAAUACUCGAUCCUUGCAAAAAAGGAAAGGGUUAAUGCGCUAAAUUGUCUUGUGACUCGCAGCGAUUGGCUGGUUCAUUAAUUGAACGCACCGAAAAUCCGGCAGAGGCGCUGGUAUCAACCAUCAACCAACCACAGCCCAUGAACCCAACCCUAUGUUAUGUUGUAGUUGUUGCCGCUACGCGACGCCACCCUAUUGUGUUUAUCCAAUACAGACACGAUUCACGUGUAAAAUUUUAUCAUGUUGUUUUGAUUUUAAAAUUUACGACUUUUGCCGGCUGAGGAGCUCGUUUUAAUAAUUAUAUUUUAACUAUGGACAGUGAAAAGUAUCGAGAGAAAAAAUUUAAGAAAAGCUAUUUUAAG